AUGCUCUCCGGCCACGGUGCCGGCUACGAAGCGCGACUCAGCGAUGCCAAGGAGUUCAAGCAGCUGAAAACAGAACAGCUUCAGCAGCUGAUCUCCGAGGCAGCGAAGGAUCACCAGUACUAUGCCAUUCGCAUGUACAAUCCAGAAAAUCCCAAGAGAGUCCUGCAGGCCUCCAUUCCUGCGAAGCUGCUAGCAGACCACUUCGAGGAUUGGCAUGAUAUCCUGGAGGUCUCUGUGAGCGACGCCGGCAUUCCAGUAGGCUUGUCGUACAGAGUACGGCACACCCUGGGCUUGAUGCUCUUCGACCACACCCAGGUGCACCUCUCCGAGCCCAGCCGCUUGGAGGGACCACGUGUUCCGCCACCCGUGAGGGAUGGCGAUGGCAACAUCAAGCCCGGCGGUGGAGAGCAGCAGCAGCCCUCGUUCCUGCGCAAGUACUGGUGGGUCAUUGCGAUCGCAGUCCUGUUGAUGUCCAGCAUGGGCGAUGACGGCCAGGGUGGCAAGGCCCCACAAGCAUCUGAUGUCCAGGUUCCGAAGCUUGAUCUGGGUAAGUGUGUCUGA